AUGCAAAUGCCUUAUAAGCAAACGGCACGAACCACUACUGGUGUCGUGCCACCAACAGAGAAGAAGAAGGGAAGCAAGCUAUUUGCCUUGAAGACUGACUUCCUUAAGAAUGAUGAGGACUCUAUUCAAAAGGGUAUCUUGGAUCAUGUGGAGUACACAUUGGCCAGAACAAAGUAUAACUUUGACUCGUUCUCUGCAUACCAGGGCUCAGCCUACAGUGUUAGAGAUCGUUUGAUUGAGCGAUGGAAUGAGACUCAACAGUACUACACUGAGCAGGACCCAAAGCGUGUCUACUACUUGUCGAUGGAGUACUUGAUGGGCCGCACACUCCAGAACGCCGUCUACAACAUGAACCUCAAGGACGAGUACCACAACGCCCUGCUCGAGUUUGGCUUCGAGCUGGAAGACCUCUACGAGGAGGAGAAGGACGCCGCACUCGGCAACGGUGGUCUGGGCAGACUGGCCGCAUGCUUCAUGGACUCGCUGGCCACGCUCAAGUACCCAGCCUGGGGCUACGGUCUGCGCUACAACUACGGAAUGUUCGAGCAGGGCAUCUACGAUGGCUACCAGACUGAGGUGCCAGACUACUGGCUGGUCGCUGGCAACCCAUGGGAGAUUGAACGUUUGGAUGUACAGUACACGGUGCGAUUCUACGGCCAGGUGGUCGAGCGCAAGACGAGCGAGGGCGUGCGCCACGAGUGGGAGGGAGGCGAGCUGGUGCAGGCUAUCGCCUACGACACACCCGUGCCAGGCUACCACACCACCAACACCAACAACAUCCGUCUGUGGAGCUCCAAGCCACACAAGGAGUUUGACCUGGAGGCAUUCAAUGGAGGCAACUAUCUGAGCGCCGUCGAGGCCAAGCAGCGCUCGGAGAACAUCACAUCGGUGCUGUAUCCCAACGACAACACUUACAGUGGCAAGGAGCUGCGUCUGAAGCAACAGUACUUCUUCGUGGCGGCCACACUCUGCGACAUUGUGCGUCGUUACAAGAAGUCUCACACCGACUGGAAGGAGUUCCCCAACAAGGUGGCCGUUCAGCUGAACGACACACAUCCCACCAUUGGUGUCAUCGAGCUGUUCAGGAAGCUGUUGGACGAGGAGGGACUUGCCUGGGACGAGGCCUGGUCCAUCGUCACCAAGACUUUCGCGUACACCAACCACACCAUCCUGCCCGAGGCCCUCGAGAUGUGGCCAGUCAAGCUUAUCGAAGAUCUGCUGCCUCGCCACAUGCAGCUGAUCUACGGCAUCAACCAUCGCUUCCUCAUUACCGUCACACAAAAGUGGCCAGACAACAUUGAAAAGAUGAGAAGUCUCUCCAUCAUCCAGGAGGGCGAGGAGAAGAAGGUGAGAAUGGCACAUCUGGCCAUCGUCGGCUCGCACUGCGUCAAUGGUGUGGCCGCCAUGCACUCUGACCUGGUCAAGCACAAGGUGUUCCCAGACUUCUUCGCCUUGUUCCCCGACAAGUUCCAGAACAAGACCAACGGUGUGACACCACGCCGUUGGAUCCAGCAGGCCAACCCAACACUCAGCAACAUCCUGAACAGAUGGCUCAACACAGACAAGUGGGUGAUCGAUCUAGAGCUGAUCAAGGGUAUCAAGGAGCACAUGGACAACCCACAGCUCAUUGAGGAGUGGAAGCAAAUGAAGCUGAUCAACAAGCAGCGUCUGGCUGACUUCAUCUUGGAGCACUGCGGCAUCAAGGUCAACAUCAAUGCCUUGUUCGACGUGCACAUAAAGCGUAUCCAUGAGUACAAGCGCCAGCUGCUCAACAUCCUCAGCGUUAUCCACCGCUACCUCACCAUCAAGAAGAUGUCGCCAGAGGAGCGCCGCAACGUGGCGCCACGCGUCGUCAUCUUUGCCGGCAAGGCGGCACCCGGCUACUUCAUGGCCAAGCGACACAUCAAGCUGAUCAACUCGGUGGCUGAGGUGAUCAACAACGACAAGGAGGUCGACGAGCACCUCAAGGUGGUGUUCAUCGCCAACUACAACGUGUCGGUGGCCCAGGUGAUCAUCCCCGCCAGUGACAUCAACCAGCAGAUCUCCACCGCCGGAACCGAAGCGUCGGGUACCAGCAACAUGAAGUUCACAAUGAACGGCUCCCUGAUCAUUGGUACCCUGGACGGUGCCAACGUCGAGAUCGCCGAGGAGGUCGGCCAGGAGAACAUGUUCAUCUUUGGUCUGCGCACGAGCGAGAUUGACAAGGCACGCGAGAAGAUGAAGGCCAAGGAGGUCGUGGUCGACUCGCGUCUCCAGGAAGUGUUCCUCAACAUUGAGCUGGGCACAUUUGGCGCGCCCGAAGUCUUCAAGCCCAUCCUCGACUCACUCAACUAUGGCGACUUCUAUCUGACCAUGCAGGACUUCCCACUUUACCUUGAUGCGCAGGAGGAGGUUGACAACCUGUGGAAGCGUCCAGAUGACUGGAUCCGCAAGUCUAUCAUCAACACUGCCAGCACCUACUUCUUCAGCAGUGAUCGUGCCAUGAAGGAGUACGCUCAACAGAUCUGGGGCAUUGAGCCAUGUGAAGUCGAGACCACUGACUACAGGAGAUAUUAA